AUGGCGUAUGCCAUUGCGGCGGCCCAAUAUCACCGGAUGCCGGCUGCUCGAUCCGUCUUCAAACCUCUAAUGGACCGAAUUAUACAUAAAAUGUUAAGGAGAGAGGUAUGGGGAUACUGGUUUUUGACAUCCCACAGUGGAUCUUUGGUAGAUCCUGAUCUGAAAGAACUACGAAAACCAUGGGCAGACCCCAUAUGCAGAGAAAAUAUCAUGUAUUCGGGGCAUCUGCUGCUCAUGACGACACUAUAUGCCAUGCUGUUUGAUGACGACAAGUAUGAACAGCCUGAUAGUCUCGUCUUCAAUUGGAACCCUGUGUAUUGGGGAUUCGGUCCCGAGCGCUAUAGCUACAACCGUGCAACUCUUCAGGAAGCAAUCAUCAAGGAGAUGGAAGCAAAUGGAUGGAUUGGGGUCUGCUGCGAGCCAAAUAUGGUGUUUCUCGCCUGCAACCAGUUUCCCCUUACCGCUAUGCGAAUCAACGAUAUCCGCAAUAACACGCAUGUUGCACAAGAGGUCUUGGGAAAAUAUAAAUCCGCAUGGCAGAAAAAAGGGAUGAUGGGGAAAGAUGGGUUGCUCAGAGAUGCUUACCGAAUAAAGCAAGACUCUCCAGUCGAUGCUCUAGAUAUUGGGUUUCCGGCUUGGGCCGCUGCUCAUAUGGCCUGGAAUUUCGAGCAAAUGGAAGGUUUAUACAACUCAAUGGCCCAUGGGUAUUUGUCCAAGAUUGGGAAUCGGGUUAACAUCAACCCGGACAAAGUCGCCCGGGCAAUCAGGAAGCUGUCGGCUGAGAAUCCAAAUACAGACGCCGCCGAAAUUCACGCCAAAGCACGAGCCUUGACCGCUAAAGAGGCUCAUACUUACCCAUCCUUUAUGCAUCCAGUUUUCGGCUGGGUUAUUGAAUGGGCUGCUGAAAUUGGCCCCCCUGAGGACCUCAACGGUCUGUUAAAGCAUGCUGACCAAUUCCUUGGCCCAAAAUGGCUAGAUGGCGGCCUGUACUAUCCCCGUCACGAUGUUCAGUACGAUGAGAAUGACAACCAUGUCUAUGUCGAACCGUUUACCGGCAAUGCGGGAAUCGCAUAUGCGAGACUCACAGUUAAGCGUGGACAGGCGACCAUGUGGGAUAAACCAUGGACCAGGGAGCAUGUGGGAACCAUGCCAUGGAUUGACGGCGCCAGCCUUGAGAGCGGAGUCGACACUUUAUCCGGUGUUUGGGAUGAGAGAAAAAGUGCAAUGUUUGCAUCUUUCCGAACUUGGCAUGGAGAAUCUGCCCGUAUAAAUGCAGUAUUCAACAUGCUCCCGGUUGGUCACUAUGGAAUUUACAUCAACGGGAACCUUAACAGAGAGAGUCUUAUUCAGGCUUCGGGAGAAACCAUAUCCAUCAGCUUGGAUGUUAACGGAAGCGACACUGAUGUUGUGAUAGUCAGGCAGUCCAUUAACUGA